UGAGUACGGCGCAGCGUGUGGAAAAGCGCACAUCGCAAAGCGCACAUUUUGUCGCGCUGUGUAGCCAACUAAAAAAUUCUCUAAACAAUUUCCACGCGUUUUCUUUUCGUGUCGUCUCUUGUUGCUAAUUAUAUUGGUACUAUGUGCAAUUAAAUCAAGCCUUGUAAAAAAAACAGAGAAACGGAAAAUACAUCGCGUUACGCCAGGAAAAUUCCGUGAAAACUACUGGUUCUCCUUAGAGAACUUCCCCUGUGGACAGCUGAAAGCAAAUAGUGCGUCGUUUCUAGUGAAAUCAAAUGAGUAAGCGGCAAUCGGUUGGCCAAACACUUUAAUUGCAGCUAGAAAAGUGCCUCAAAAAAAGUGAACAGCGGAAACAUCGUGUUUAAACCAAACAAAUGAUAAGAUAAACUUCGCUUCGAUCGAGCUCCCAAAAUAAAAUCACAUCACAAAGCAUCACUUAAAGCAUAUAUGUUUGUGGACCCGUGGCAAUGGAAAUUAGUGUGAAGCCAGCGCCCAGAGAAGCAUCAGUUAUUAAGAGGGAGGCAAGCAGCUAGAGAGGAUCGGGAUCGGGAUCGGGAACAGGAUCUGGAGACCAUGCGCAGCGGGCGAAACUAUGUCCAGCGGCAAAGCGAGACGCUGGAGAGCAGCUUUGAGCUGGAGGAGGAUUCCGAGGCGGAACAGGUCAAUGGGUCACCAAGGGGGAGAACCCAGGAAAAGGAGGAGCAAGAGCAGGAACGGCCGGAGUCGGGUGAGCAGACCACGGACAGCUUGAGCACCCACAGCAGCAGUUCCACGCCCACAACGGCGGAUGUGGCCGAUGUGGAGACCAUCAGCUCCUUGCCGCUAUCUCCUCCAGCCUAUGGCAAUCAUUUGGUCAAGCGGCACACUCCACUCAAGAGCCAGGAUCAUCAGGAUCGGGAGCAGCAGCAGCACCAGGAGGACACUAGCUCCAGUUCCAACUGCAGCCAGCAGCCCGAUCUGGAUGAUGUGCCCACGGUAAGUGGGCGUGGCCAUGCCGAAUCCUCCGAAUCCACAUCCUCAUCCACAUCCACAUCCUCUUCCACGACCCCGCAGACGUCGCGCUAUGCAGCUGCAGCGGCACAUCCCAGCGCCGCCUUCGCGGACACAGCGGUGGCCAUCUCCUCCUCCUCCUCAUCCGCCGGCGCAAAGGGUUCGGGCCGGAUCGGAGGCGGUGCCGCCGCCCACAGGCGCACCCAUUCGGCCGCCUCCUACAUCUCCAUGCGAUCGCAGGGCGGCAACUCGGAGGCGCCUCCGGAGCGACCAAAGCGCAACCGCUUCUUCGAGUGGAUAAGGGUCGUCUGCAACAUCUGCUGCUGCAAGAGUUCCGGAAUCGGGGAGCCGAGUGUUCAUCAUGCGCUGGUUGUGAUAUUUCUAGAGUUCUUCGCCUGGGGUCUGCUAACGAUGCCCAUAAUAUCGACCCUCAACCAGACGUUCCCGGAUCACACAUUCCUCAUGAACGGUCUGGUCAUGGGCAUCAAGGGCAUCCUGUCGUUCCUUUCGGCGCCGCUGAUCGGCGCCCUUUCGGACAUCUGGGGCCGAAAGUUUUUCCUAUUAGUCACAGUAUUCUUCACCUGCCUGCCCAUACCGCUGAUGUCCAUCAACACGUGGUGGUUCUUUGCCAUGAUCUCAAUAAGCGGCGCCUUCGCCGUCACGUUCUCGGUGGUCUUUGCCUACGUGGCGGAUGUCACAACGCCGGAGGAGCGAUCCAAGGCGUAUGGCCUGGCCUCGGCCACCUUCGCCGCCAGUCUGGUUAUCUCGCCGGCGCUGGGCAACGCCCUGAUGGAGAUGUACGGCGACACGCUGGUCGUGGCCCUCUCCACGGCCAUUGCGCUGCUGGAUGUCUUCUUCAUCCUGGUUGCCGUGCCGGAGAGUCUGUCGGAGAAGAUGCGCCCGGCCUCCUGGGGAGCCCCCAUCAGCUGGGAGCAGGCGGAUCCCUUUAUGGCCCUGCGCAAAGUAGGCACUGACAAGACCGUGCUGAUGCUCUGCCUCACCGUGCUGCUUUCCUAUCUGCCCGAGGCCGGCGAGUACUCCUGCAUGUUCGUCUACCUGAAGCUGAAGAUGGGAUUCAACUACGUGGAGGUGUCCGUCUUCAUAGCCAUAGUUGGCAUCCUAAGCAUCACGGUGCAAGUGACCCUCGGCUCCUUCAUGCAAGUGUUUGGAGCCAAGCGCACGAUCAUUAUGGGCCUAGCCCUGGAAAUCGUGCAGCUGCUGUGGUACGGCUUUGGCAGUCAAAAGUGGAUGAUGUGGUCGGCUGGCGUUGUGGCUGCCCUGGGCUCCAUCACGUAUCCCGCCAUCAGCGCCUUUGUCUCCCUCUAUGCGGCUCCCGAGAGUCAGGGCGCUGUUCAGGGCAUGAUCACGGGCAUGAGGGGCCUGUGCAAUGGCCUGGGUCCGGCGGUAUUCGGCGUCGUCUUCUACCUGUUCAACGUGGACCUGAACGAUGACCACGAUUCGCAUGCGAAGAGCAGCGGCAGCCGGGCGACGAAUGUGGAGAAGAUAUCGCAAAAUGUGCCGGGUCCGCCCUUCGUUUUUGGCGCCUUGUGCGUCUUCUGUGCCAUAAUAGUGGCGGCAUUCAUUCCGGAGGGGCAGAAUUCCACCUUGGAAAAGAAACGUGCCUCGCUCGAUGUGCAGUACGAGAUUGAGACGGGCCACAAGGCGCCCAGUUCCCUGGCGCCGCUCAUCCGCUCCGAUUCGCUGGCGCAGCUGUAGUGCCCCACAGCUCCAACGUCGUCGUCGUCCUAUCCUCCACACACAACUUGAACUUGAACCCAGCUGGUGGCUAUAGAUACGUAUAAGCAGGAGUUAGGCGGUUAGGGAGUUAAGGAUUUUGUAAUUGUAACAAAUGCUGUAACUAGUUUGGCUUUAGUUUCCCCGAGUCUAUUAGGUGCAUAUACAUAUAUGUAUUUAUAUAUAUAUAUAUCGCAGAUCAGGCCAAGAUAAUGUUAUUGUUUGCAUGGUUAGAUCUUCGUUUUUUACCACACACCACCUCAGCCCCAAUUAUAUUUCGUAACUAAUUUAUUAUUGCCUAUGUAAAGUAGUCACAUGUGCUUGCCCGAUUUCCAUUUCGAUUUUGCCAUUUUUUUUUGCGACUGUCGGUUCUCUUCGGGUUGGGAUUACAUCACAGCAGACAGGUGUUAGAGCUAAAAAAAAAAAGAAAAUGUUUUGCAACAACAACAAAAUAACUGCCAAAUAAAAAAAAAACAGAGAGUAAGUGUAAUUCGAAUGAAGAAGCUUAAAUUCAGAACAGCACAGCCCAGCACAAACCUGAAUAUUGAUCGCAUUUCCUGUUUGGGUUUGAAACACUUUUUUGUUCACCCCCGUUUCAUUAAGUUACAACAGUUAUGAAUGAGAAAAAUCCACAUAAACUGAACACUAAGCUUUACUUUGAAAAUUGUAGUGAUUUGUAAGUCUAAAAUUAAAAAAAAAAAGGAUUGAAAAUUAUAUUGCAUCGGGUCACAAAACUAGGCGACUUCACAAGCUAUAUACAAGAUAUAGAUAUGUAUAUGUAUAUAGAGAGAUAUAUGUAUUGGGGGUACCGACACAAAUCGAAAUGUUUUUAAUUUAGCUAAAUCAUCUGCAGCGCUGUAGUUUUGAUUUUGAUAAAGCAACACAAAAUGCAGAGCCUUUAACAAAGUCAAUGCUUGAACGUACAUAUAGGGAAUGUGUAUGUAUAGUACUAAAUACUAUAAAUAUCAAAGUUAUAUUUUUCGAAGUUGCUACAACCGUGUGUAAAGUUCCCCACUUGCUCCUCCUAUCCCGAAAAAAAAAACACAAAAAAAAAGGGUAAUAUCACAACCACCCGUGUGAGCAGAGGCAAAGUCAAUGGAGUAUAGCGUGUCCCCCGGAAAAUAAAAAUUCGGGGGUCGCCAGAAACAGUAUACAAGAAAACUGAACCCAAAUUUUGAUUGUAAAUUAUUUAACGUGUAAUUUAGUGUUUUAAACGAAACCAAAAUAAACAAAAUUGUUUAAUGAAA